AGAACAACAGUUGGUAUUUGGCAAAAAUGUGGCGUUUAAAUUUGAUAAAAGAAAUUGCCGAUCAGGCCAAUUGGAUUAUUUCCUCGGAUGUGGGCAUAGUCAUAGCCGACAAGUAUCCGAAGGCUCAACACCACUAUCUGGUGCUGCCCAAGUCUGAAAUUUCGAGUAUUUUUGAGCUAACCCGCGAGCAUUUGCCGCUCUUGGAGGAACUGCAUCUGCUGGCCAGCAACAUUGUCGAGGUGCGCGGCCUGCAGUGGGCAGACUUUAAGGUCGGUUUCCAUGCUGAACCGAGCAUGGAGCGUCUGCAUUUGCAUGUGAUAUCCCAGGAUUUUGUGUCGCCUGCCCUAAAACACAAAAAGCAUUGGAACUGCUUCAACACUCAAUUGUUUGUGCCAUACGCAGUGCUGCACGACAAGCUAAAAGCGGAAAACAGUUUCCAGCGCCUGCCGCCACAUGUGAGGCAUUCAUUGCUGGCCACGCCGCUCCUCUGCAAUCAAUGCGACUUUAAGCCCAAAUAUUUUCCCGAGUUAAAGGAACAUUUGGCGGAGCAUCUGCAAAAAAAAAGUACAUAGAAUUUGACGAGCGUCAUACCGGUAUAGUAUGAAACACACAAACGCAACGAUAGAUUCUUGUUAGUAUUGGUGGCACACGUACCGCAAAUCGUUUCUCUGCUGCAGCGUUGACACCGAUUCGAUUAUUAAAGCAUGCCGGAGCAUAUAUUUGCCUCUCACUCUCACUGCACAAGU